AUGGUCACCUUGACUCCUUCCAGCCAUUGGAGUGAGUUGGAUCUCGUCCGUGAGCUGGCACAGUCGCAUUCUGCGAAUAAGAUGCCUGGCUCUAGUGGCAAUGGCCAUUGUUUGUUUCAGCCAUUGGCUAGUGGCUUCGACGUUAAAUCCAAACUAUCUGACUCAAUCCAGGCGCCGCGGCGCAAGCUAGGAAUCUUUUCCCACAAGCCUAUCCCUUUUUAUUCCUUUUCGUUACCCACCUGGGGGUCCGUCUCGUCUGAAGCUGAGGUGGCGGCGGCCGGAACACCGUCAGAUCAGCAUUCUCAAAUACUAAUGGUCAACUCAUCUCAACCAAUUUUUCAUCCGGCUUCCAAUUCCAACACCUCUGCACCUGUAUGCAUAUCUUCCACUAGUACCAAUGUUAGUGCUAUUCCUAAAGCGAUGAUGACUGCGAGUAAUAAGCCUGUUGUCAGCAAUAGAUCAACUGGAACCUCAGAAAAUGAAAUUGUUCAUUUAUUAGCUCGCCUGGUCACUUGUCAUCGUACGCCCAGAAAUUUCAUAAAUUCCAAUUGUUGUGGAACCCAGCGCUCCAGAUGUCCUGAUUCUAAGGUUCCUUCUGGGUUAAACUGUUCUGGUGGUUUUCGGACCAAUUCAAGCCAACCUUCAAGCCGUUUUGAGACUGAUAAGGAACCAACAGAUGAGGAAGACGUCGACGGGGAAGAUCAAGGUGAUGACGAGGUUGAUGAGGCUCAUCCGGAUGUUUGCCUUAUUUGCGCUGAGUCAGCUGCCCUUUUGGCUCUGACUGGUGGCCCUUCAGCUCGGGCAUGGAAAUCCUCAUACGCACUCCAGCCCAGUGAAGGAGAGCGACAGCCUUUCCGCACUGUUCCUGAUGCCAAUAGCAGAACUGGCUAUUCGGUUGGCCUUGCCAACGAUGCAAAGAGCAAUUUUUUUCCGAGAGCAAUAGAGAAUAGCUCAACUGUGGGACUGAGAGGUAGCUCAGCCAAUAACUCAGAACUUUUGAUGGAGAUCACUCUACCUCGAGUCUUUGCGGUUUCUUCGUUUGACUUGCACAUUUGUCUUGCUGAAGGUAUACAGCCUUCGCAGCUGCAACCGAUCUUCAUCUAUUUACUUCGUCAGAAUGUCUGUCAUUUCGGUAUAAAGCCAGUCCCAAUGCGUGUUUUACUCCAGGCGCUAGUUCUCAAGGCCUUUGAAGCACGCACACUGCCGCCUCAUCGAGUAGAGCGUCUAGUUUCUGAUUAA